AUGGCUGGAGAUGGCUCAAAGGAGUUUCUGCUCAAAAAUUUUGAGCUGUCAGACGGUACUGACAGCAGCGUUUCUACGCAACUUUUGAUUAAUGAGAAUGUUGUUUCGGACUCUACUGAUUCGUUGGUCAAUGAACGUAUUCAAGAGUUACUUGAUCGUGUUCAUAUAACAGAAUACCUCCCUGUGAAUUCUGAUUUAUCUGAAAAUACGCAAGAGCCCUUCUCGUUUCUCCCUAAACGACUACAUCACGAAGAAGCAGAGGCCGCCCUGAAUGCAGAAGAGUUCCAAGGUUAUCGUUAUACAAACAACAACGUUGUAAAGCGCAAGGACCUGAGUAUGAAUCAAGAGUACUACCCAAUUUUGGCUAUUUUGUACAACAGAAUACAAGUAUUCCUUCUCAAUAAUAAAAUGUCUCUGGACUUUUUAAAGAUAUUCAAAAGUUACAUGAACCAUAUCAUUGAAAGCGGGUUGAACGUAUUGGAAGAUCGCUACUUUUUAGAGUUGCAGAACGAGUUGAGUGAUGGGUUUCAUUUUGGCCCUGUAAUGGAAGAAAUACUAAACAAAUUUCUUCUGAGGCCGGAGAACCUUAUCAUGAAGUUGGCUCUAUUCGAGCAUAAAAUGAUGCUUGGCAAUCUUCAAAGAUUUUUCAGCGCUUGGCAGUUGAAAUGUGACAUGAAAUUAAGUCUGGUUAAGCUCGAAAAUGUGUGGAAGCAGUAUAUACAACGAAAAUACACCGCAAUUUGGUCAAGAAAAUAUCAGUAUUUGGAGUCAAACUUGGUUACCCAAGCCAAUGAAUUCAGGGUAUUCACUUCACUCUCUUCAGGCUUCGACAAAUGGAUGGGUAAAUUAGACACAAAUCAUGCCAAGGAUGGUCUCGCAGACCAUUUUUUUCUAGACCAUAUUUUCCGUAAAAUAAAAAAGUAUGUCAAAACUAUGAAUUUCAUGGAGACAGAGGCAAACGGAAAAUAUGUUAGAGAGCGUCAGCGUUAUGCUCUGCGAUUCAUGAGAUUGAGGUUUGCAGAAACACAGUUUACCUGCUAUAAAAACGAUUUGAAAAGAAUCCUUUUGAGAAAAUUACAAUCAAAAUUAGACCAUUAUAAGUUACUAAAAGCCCGUGCAGAGUUUACAGACUCAAUUUUUGUACUGAGUAGCUACUUGAAGAAAUGGUAUGAGAAGACAGAAUCCUCGAUUGCACACUCUAAUCACUUAGCUUCUUUGGAAACUAGGUUCAGGAAUAAGAGAACAUUAAACACUCUGAAGGACAUUUUAAAUAGGAAUAAUCAAGAGCUUCAGCUGAUGGCAAGGCUAGAUCGAUUGCUACUUGAAUAUACAUUCAAGAACAUAUGGCAAAAAAGGUUUCAAGAGCAUAUCAGCAUGUAUAGCUUUUGGAAUAAGCAAAAUCAACAAAUCGUUACGCUUUUCCUGGAUGCCUGGAGAGAAAGGCUCUACUUCAAUUCUCAGGCAUACCAGUUCAGAAGAAAGCAACAAUUACUUAAUGCGAUGUUGGCGUGGAGAAUCGCAUCAAAAGUCAAAAGUCAUAUGUAUAGGAACGAUAGAAGAAGGUUAGCAAUCACAUUCGAGCAAUGGUUAGUAAAGGCAAGACUUCGCAAAAAGCAUGCUCAUUUUUUGCAUGGCAUUAUAGCAAGAAUGAUGUUCUUGAGAUGGAAAAGCACAUACUUGAAAAAGUGCGAUGCACUUUCAUUUUCAACACAUCACUAUGACGAGUGCUGCUUAAGAAGACAGAUGAGUAAGUGGGUCGGUAAAUUGGGUGUACUAGACGAAAUCAAUGAAAGACUCUUGAUAUAUGAGAAAUUUUGUGCAUUAGAAACUAUGAGGCAUGGAAUUAAGCAUGGUGAAGAGGUAAACGAAAUUUCAAGGCAGUUUAACCCUGUGGAAAUUUCCAAAGGUAAUCUUAUUCGUUAUCUUGUUUUGUGGAAAGAAAUGGCCAUUUCAAAAAAGAUAAAAAACCUGCAAGACAUGCUAGAUGAUUAUCAAUUCGAAAACAACAACAUCGUCCAACACUCCUAUUUACAAGUAUGGUUUAAAAGGAUGGUUUUUUACCAAUCGGAAUGCUUCCAGAAGUCAGAGCUGAAAUAUGGAAGGAGCCUUAAGAAAAGAUUAUUCGCAACCAUAAAGGCAAAGGAAGCAAAUAUAGCAAGACUUUUGCAAAUAAGUGAUGACCUGAGAAGAAAAUCUCUCAUGCUGAAUAUGAUUUUUUCAUGGGAAGCGCACCUAGGAUCACUCCGUGGUUUGCAUAAAAAGAGUGAAAGAGAAAUCAACAAGAGGAAUCUUUCACUUUUGCUAAGCUAUCUUAAAGUUUGGAGUAUGCAGAUAUUGAAAAGCAGAAGAAAUGAUGAAACAGUGCAAAUAUUUAGGAAAAGGUGGGAUAGAGCUGCUGUUAGAGGUAUACUAUUACUCUGGAAAAAUCGAACAGAACAUUCACCCAAAAAAUUGAGGUGGAAAAAAAGUGGGAAGGUUGUCGACGCACUGCAAUUCGCACCAAGCUCUAAUUUAGUGACUCCUGUACGAAACACCUCUUCAAAUAACAAUACUAUUCCAGGUUCAGAAGGCGUUAAAAAAUACCGCCUAGAGGCGAUGAAAUCCCAUUAUAGUAAAGUAAGAAGAGCAAUACCAAGUCCGGUAAAAUCCUCUACUACUCUCGACUCAAUCGCUAAAAAGAAAUUUUCGAGAGAGAAUGAAAACACACAUUGGGUUGCUCAGCCAUUGCCACCUCCAAGAAUAUCUAUUGAAAGAAUUAACAAGAAUCUGGCUUCAAAAAUCGAUAAUAUCAAUUUCGAGCGUAUCCCAGAAGUCAAACUCGACCCAUUUGUCGAGCAAAACGAUGAGAAAGACCCGGUACUCGAUCGAUCUUUGCUAGAGCUAGACGAGGAUAUUUCGUUUGAUGAUUCGCCUACUAGACGAACUUGA